GUCCUUGUGUUUACAAACAGCGCUGAACAGCAUUGACUGAAAACAAAGCUCGAAGUCGGAGUUCAUUUCAUAGAAUAAGAUGUCACAGAAAGAUCCAUGUCAAAAACAGGCCUGCGCCAUACAGAAAUGUUUACAAGCUAACAGAUACAUUGAAAGCCGCUGUGAGGAUGUGAUUCGGGCUAUGAAGAAGUGCUGUGAGCUCCACACAGGAGAAAACUCUGUCUGCUGCUCUGGAUUUGCCAAAGAAAACAAACCUACAGACCCAAAGACAUGAUUACAUUCAACAGAAGGAUCUACAGUAUGUGUAUAUGCUGCUACACAUCAUUAAACACUGUCAUUUAGUGGAUUUAGCAUUGAAAUCUUACACUCAUGUCUUUAAUACUGGUAUAUUUCCACAAAUAAACUCCAUUUAAAGAGACAGUACACCC